AUGUUUCUUCCUCGUGUAGGUGGUGAACUCAACUUAUUUUCGAUCCCUCUUACUUGGAAUUCAGAUCGGAAAAAAUUUACUCAAACCAAAUUUGUAUUUGAAGUUAGUUCACUGUCACUAACACAAUUUCUUUUUAAUUCUCAAAGGCAAUCAUGGCAACAGAUAAUCUCAUCACGCGCCAUCUCAUCAUCUCAAUUGAUUUCACCCAAGACAGAUCUUAUGAAAGCACACUUGAAACUAAUAGUCCCAAAGGGUCCCUUCCUUAUCGUGGACAGUUUCAACUCACCAGUGUUGGAGUAUUCCAAAAGUGACAACUUCAUAUGUCGAUUAAAUGGCGACAGAGCUUCCCGAAUUCACUACAUUAUCAAAUUUGUUUUGUGUCUUUGUCCAGCUUUAGAAGGAACGAUUAAAUUCUUAGCUUUAUAA